CAAGUGCACCACCCCUUCGGCGCCUGUCUGCUGGUAGUGACGGCAUACGACCACGAGGACGAACGAGAAAUACACAGGCUGUCGGUGAUUUUGGUUGCGGUGUCAAAUCCCGGUGCUAGUUGCGUCUGCCUUCUCUUCAUUGCAGAGCGUUCCACCGCUUCCCUGAAGCAGACAAACGGUGAUAGCGGAACGAACACUUGCUUGAAGUGCGGCAGCGCAAGACUACGCUCCUCAGCUCAGGACCUCAUUCAUUCUUAUAACUGAAACAAAACAACACAUAUAACACAACCUCUUCCAAGUUACCUUUCAAUCACUUUUGUCCGAAAGGACGUUUCCUUUUUUGAUUCAUAUUCAACAUGAAGGGGCCGGAUCACUCCCCUUCGGUUCCCGACAUUCUGGCGCUCUUUGACACAUUUCCUGUACCUUCCCAGUUGGACCUAAUUGAGCUUCUUACGAGAAAAGCAGCCGCACAGUCGCCCGCACAGCAUGACGGCAAGACCAUCGAUGAAGCUUGGGGACGGAUUUCAGGCGUGCUUGAGCAAGCCCACAGAGGCCGUGGUGGGCAAAGUAUUCGGACUCGCUCGCGGACACCUCCCGCGAAAGCUGAAAAGGACGGACAAAUAUCGAUGCGAAUUCCGGAUGAACUACGACCGUUUGUGGAGAAUUUCAGUAUCUUGCAUAAGAAAGAGGCCACCAUGCUCUUUGCGGGAUUGGAGGUGACCGCUGCAUUGACGUCAAGGCAUAAUCGCCAGAGCUACCAAUCUAAUGAACGUGCACGAUCGGAUCAGCCGUUUGCACUCAUUGAAUCCCAACUUCUCACCAUUUUGUUGCAUGCCCCUGCUAUCAUCCUCCGUCCCCUUCCUGCAACCUCUGUCACAUCUUCACCAGCAUAUACUCAAUACGGGCAAACCUCCUACGAGCCUCAUCACCACCGUUCACCAUCCCACGAUAGAAUAGACCACAGAUCUGCGCUUGCACAAGUGUUAUCUGCAUCAUCUGCAUUAGCGGCCCUUAUCGAAGCCGUUGUCUCAACACAUAAUGAUCGAAUAUUAGCUGAGUUGAAUGAUCAAGGCGAGCUAGAGGACUAUCAGAGGAUUUCGGAACAGGUUUGGGAGACAGCAUCAGGCAUCUUGCGCGAUGUCAAAAGCUUGAAGGAGGGAGAUCUCGGCAGAGAUAGUUUGGAAAAGGCGAAGGCGCUGUACGGCCGACUUAUCUCAACAUCGAUGCAGUUUAGUCGGGCUUUGAAUGCAUUUGUCGAUUUUGCUUGGAAGAUUCUUGGAAGUGACUCUCGACGAUGGCCUUUGCGGACCGACAGCGCGAUUUCCUUCCUCUCUCCAAACGAUGUAUCGCCGGCAGAUAGAGCAACUGAAGAUGUCCCACCGCCUCGCGUGCUUGGGUCGCCCCUUGCAGACAGAAUAUCCAAGCGACUAUCAUUUGGAGCACGUUUGAAACGCCGACUUGCUCAAUUGACGGAGCACGCACGUCCGUCAUCCAUGUCUAGCGAUACAUCUGAUGAUACUUCAGAAUCAUCACAUCCAACAACUAGAUUUAGCCGUCCGUCGGAAGCGACGGAUGACUCUGGCCUCAAACCACCAUCUACGCGACCAACCAGCUUGGACGUACCCCGUCGGGGUAAGAGUGUGGAUAUACCUCGUCAACCGCGGACCCGUGGCACACAGUAUCCUGUGGGUAGGUCGAGCCUGGACGCAUUGAGGCCAAAACUUCGAUCGAGAUCCAGUGGCGAUAUGUCGCGCAAUAAAUUGGAGCCUGCGCCAUCGACUCUGAAAAGGUCGAUAUCCGCUCGUCACUCGUCUUCCUUGGAUGUGCCAGUGCUGCCAGAGAUCUCCUUCGGAACGGCAAAGGCUACUGAGUGGCUGAAUGAAGUUUUAAGAAACGAUGAGGAGGAGAGUGCUGGAUGCCGCAUAUCGUCUCCGGAACACGAGCCUGAGACACGUCCUAAUCACGAAAUCCAAACAUCGGAAGAACGUGCACCCCCGACAGUUCCCCACCAGCAUCACUUUCCGCACCACCACCAUUCUCGAUCUCUUUCUGCAUCUGCACCCAUCAUUCCCCCCCUUACAACACCUGCUAAGCGGCCCACUCAUAGCCGAACACAUUCAUCAUCGUCCCUUCCUUCGACAAGAGUGCAACUCCUCCAAGCCGAAGACUGGAAAGUCAGACUACCUACCGAUGCUGGACAGAGUUACGAAGGAGGGCAUUCAGAUCGAUGGUCUAGAAUGAUGGAGAGUGUGGUUGGGGUGGCCGAGGGAGAAACGGGGGAAAAUGGCCGACAGGAAUGGAAAGAUGGGAUGGAGAAGAAGCCAGGGCUGGCAGUAGAUGUCGAGAAGAUCGACGAUGGAGCCGAUGGAAACAACCGCUUUGAGAGUUUGAAAAAACUUGGUUUCAAAGCUGCACAACGGAUUCCUACGUAUGACAGCCAGGGCAAUCGGAUUGGCAUACUGGACCAUGGUCGGUUCCUUUCUGGCACAGAUGAAGCAGGGGACGCCAAUGCGACCGAGUUCAUUUCCGUGCGAGGAAACCUUCUUCAUCUUAGCGAAGAUGAUCGAGAUGUCCUCGUGAUGGAGAUGGUGAAUGGUAAAUUACAGAUUGUGGCCGGAACGGUGGAAAAAUUGGUGCUGAGAUUAGCAGAUGAGAAUGGACAAGAUAUGGACUUUGUUGACAUGUUUAUCCAGACACAUCCCUUCUAUCUGUCAUCUCGGGAUCUCUUGAGCAACCUCAUCAUGAGGUAUUAUUGCGAGGUUUCCGAGGAUACCAGUGCUGAAGAGCUCGAGUACUUUGCCAAGUGGCAAAGACCUAUACGCACCAAAGUAUUAUCUGUUCUCGCUCGAUGGGUUAAGCUGAGAUUUGAAGAUUUCGAAGGGGAUGGCAAGCUUCGGGAAGGAUUUGAGGAUUUUUUGGCGGAAAUCGAAUCAGGAGGAGACAGCUUCCAGACUGAAGUGGAAAGAAUUCGUCGUGUCGCGGCCGUUCAGGCUAUGUCGAUAUGUGCGCGGACAAAACAAGCCCCGUUCUCGGCGCACGUUCGCAUUGAACAAUCCAGUUCAAAUCCUUUCCCGACUCACAUCUCUCAACCGCUCGCUGAGUCGUCUCCUCUGUUAAUGUUUGAAGCGAAGGACGUGGCACGAUAUUUAACAUUGGCCGAUGCACGAGCGUUUAAAAGUAUCACUAUGUGCGAUUUUGUUGGAAAAUUGAGACGAGGGUCGAGUUCCAGUGGAAGGAUUGACUGGUUUGCGGGACGCGCUAAUAUGAUUCGAAAUUGGGUUGCGCUGGAACUAUGCACACUCUUUCCCCGCAAACCUCGCCGCAAGCUUCUGGAGAAGUUCAUUGCUAUCGCCUGGUAUUGUCGUACCCAGCGCAAUUUCCACACCUCCCUUUUCAUCCUGUCCGGUCUUCAUUCGCCUGCUGUGCAGCGCCUCAAGAAGACUUGGGAUGGCCUCUCAAGUUCUACGCUUGAGAAAAUGCGAUCUUUGGAACGGUUGAUGGACCUCAGCGGUAACAUGCGCGAACUUCGACGAGCUGUGGAGGAAGAAGCAGAAGGAGGCGUUGUUCCUUUUUUACCUGUCGUUAUGAAGGAUGCCACCUUUGUGGUCGAAGGAAAUCCAGAAUUCAUAGCUCCUACCACACUUCACCCCACCGAUGCAUCCCAAUCGUCAUUGCAAGAAGAUGGCAAUGAUGAUGACCGAGCCUCGUCUGAUCCGACAUUAAUCAAUUUUGACAAAUACCGUACUCUCACCCGCAUCCUGGGUCGUUACAUGUCCUCUGUCCGCGCGCACAUGUGGAUCGAUCCCACAAGUCCAGCUGAGGGACUGCAGAUUAUAACCAACGUUGUAGAAUCUCGGCUCCGGUUUGCGGACGAUGAAGGGGUUGGACGCGGAGAAGGGUAUUGUAUGCGAUGGGCUUGGGAAUGUUCCGGAAGAUGUGCUGGAGAGGACGAAUGAUCAUAUUUACCCUCAUUGAUACUGUCACGAAGAAAAGAUCCGUCAGAUAGAACGUGAUAGAUUGUCAGCGGACGAGUUCGUAGUUAUUUUUGUGUAAUGUAGAUCAUUGGUUUCGAAUUGUUCCUUCUAGUAAAGAAUACUGUAAAUUACUGUCAAGA